AUGGACCAAGUCAUCUCCAGAAUCGUCAAAACUAUCGACGAGGUGGCCCAGAAAGCCAAAGAUUGGCCUGAUGUUCUAGAAGUCACAGGAGGAUUUGCCAAGAGCAGGUACCUUUUCCAAAAGCUGCAAAGGCGCUACCAGGGCAAAGGUGUCAUUGUCGUGCGACCGAAUGACGGUGACACUGGACAAUGUUUCCCGGUUGCCGUCGGGUCUCUCCUUCGAUACGACAACAUCGGACCGCAGCCACUUCCCUCAGUGGCCUUCGCGAUGCUGCAGCGGCAGGAGUUUCAUGAGGAUGUUCAUACCGACUCUUACACCAUACCCAACUACGAUACUCCGGAGUUCAUCAGUAAGAAGCCGUGGGUGGAAGAGAGCCCUUACGACGCCACGAUAGAUGUGGUAGAUAAUCGGCUCGUGCACAUUCUAGAGAAGGGCAAGAGACUUGGUCCGGGCGAAGUCCAUGAACCAGAGUUCUCUUUGGAAUUUCGAAUCCCUGUACAGGACCCCCACAUCAGCGCAGAUUUCGUCUACCUGACCAAGAAAUUCGAAGACAACGCUGCCGCGAAGAAGCUGAUUGUGGAUGACCUCGAAGAGAAAUAUGUGUUCCGGGUUGGUGUUCAUCCAUGGGCCAGCGUGGAUCUGCCUAUCCCGCGACACCAGUUGGAAGGCAAAGGCUUUGAGAUCAUUACAGCAGACGCGGAGAAGUUCUGGCUACUGGAUGUCAAAGUUGUUGUGCGAUGCCGAGGAGAGGACGUGCAGAUUGGCUUCAAGGUGCUCAAGCCUGUAGAUCGUGGUUCUCGGGAGAGAAAGAGCCAUGAUGAUGAUGAGAGCGAUAGCGAGGAGGAAUACGAUGAUUCUACAAGGGAGGCGGCUUUCGAGGUCUGGGAGAAGUUUUGGGAGGCAUCUCACUCUGAGUUCUUUGAAUGA